UUUGAUACGAUGAACUGUAACACACUGAAGGAGGGGCGUGCCACGCCAUUCACCAUUUGUUUACACGCCUCUGUAAGCAUUGUGCUCCUUCCUUGUUUCGAUACUUUGCCAAUAGCAUUGAGGGCCUGUUUAUCGGAUUCAUGAAGUAGCCUAAUUUAUAGAAAUAAUCCCAUCAAAAUUUGGAGUUUUUUGAUCACAUCUGCGGCUGUCGUCGAGGCUAUAGCUACUUGGAUACGGAAAUAACAGAAUGGUGGUGUUAUCCAAAGAUUAUGGAUAUGUGGCAAUCACUGGUGUUGCCAGUAUGAUCAUGAUUGGUCACCUUGCCCUGAAAGUUGGAAAAGCACGCAAGAAGUACAAAGUUCACUAUCCUCAGAUGUACAGUGACGACCCAGAGACUGGAAACAUCUUCAACUGUAUCCAACGUGCCCACCUAAACACUCUGGAGUUGUACCCUGCCUUCCUUUUCUGCCUCGCCGUGGGUGGUCUAUAUAAUCCUCGGCUGGUCAGUGGUCUUGGGAUGGUAUGGGUUAUAAGCAGGGAGAUCUACGCACAUGGGUACUCCACUGGAGAUCCCAAGAAGAGGAUGAGAGGCUCGUUUGGUAACCUGGCUCUGUUGGGCAUGAUGCUGACCACAGUCAACUUUGGCAGAACCCUCUUGGGCUGGAGUCGGCCUAGGAGAUUCCCCGGGAUGGGGGGCGCUCCUUUACUGCCUGUGGCCUGAAGGUCCCAACUCAGAGAGAGUGCUACUGUCACAACAAGACAGGAACUUCAUAGAGGUGCAGAAUGUCAGUUAUAACCCUAUUUUUUUAUGUUGUGUUUUGUUGCCAUUGGUACAACUCCAGAAGGUCCAAAUAUGGAAAAACUGACUAUUGCAGUGUAAUCUUUAUUGAAGUAUCAAUAUCAAUAUCCAUUUUAAUACUGACACUUUUAAAUGAUUACAAUUAUAAUAAAUAUAUGAAUGUAC